AUGACGCGUUUCUCGGUGUGGUCGGCGACAACGGUGUUGUUGUUGAUGUCGGCCCUGAGCUUCACGGUUGUGCAUGGAGCCGUAGCGGCGGCAGGUCCGGGGCAACUCCCAGGUGCACUCAUCUUCGCCCGUGAGAACUAUGGAUGCGCGCAGAACUGCCCCACGCCAGGCAUUUGCAGCUGUGCGGACAACGAACGAUGCGAACUCACCCAGCAGACUUGCGCCGACUGUCCGGAACUCAUCUGCAAAGCGAUCAAGUCGUCCUCGGGUGGUGUGUCGACGGGUGCCAUCGCGGGUGCGUCGCUGGGGGGGAUUGUGGUGGCUUCGAUUCUGGCGUUCUUCGUGUGGAAGAGUUGCGUCAAGAAACGGACGCAGAGGAUGUCGAUGGCUGCGACGGCGGCGGAGAAGGAGAAUGACUUUGGAAUGCUUAAGAGCGCGAGGGCGUCAACGCAUACCAUCGCAUCGAUCGCUUCCACCGUCCGCACGCGAGCGUCGAAUGUCAUCCAGAUCGCAUAUAUCCCCGGAGUGACGAAUCGAUCGGGUCCUUCGACGCCAGCGCAUCUGGUACCGCCCGUUCCGCCGCUUCCCUACUCCGACUCGUCGCCCGUCGGCUCGCAGUUCCCGCACUCCCCCAACAUGGAUAUCCAGUUCGCAGCCUCGGACCUCCUGCGUGGAUCCAUGUGCACUGUCGGUAAUCGUUCUUCGAUCGCUACUACCAUCUACGGAGGAAGCGCCAUCGUGUCGCAGCCCGCCAUCAUCCGUGCUGGCAAGGCUGCCGUGGUUACGGUGAACUCGAAGGGUGGCAGCAGUGCCGGCACCUCGAGCAACGGCUCGCCCACCGCCGGAUCAACCGACGAAAUCCCGCCCGUUCCCGCAUUGUACGCCAAUGCCACGGGUCCAUCGACACGUGGUAACGGAGCGACUUCGGAUCUGGAUUCCAUUCCACCCAGCCCUGCAUUUUCGGUAGGAUCAACAUUCCUCAAUCGCAUGAAGACGAGUGAGUCGGAGAAUACCGGAUCCAAAGGCCCAGGACCCCAAUUGAGAGCGAUCCCCGGGCGCUCCCGUCUUGUCGAGAACCACAGCAUUACCACUGAGAUUGACUACGAUUCGGAUGAUUCGUCUAACCUCGUUCCAGGACAUCGUCGCACCGUCGUCGAGUCCAACUGUAGUUCGUGCGUUACGGACGACAUUCAAUCGCCUUUCUCGGACGUAAACUCGGUUGUGCUUCUUGACUCGACACCACCGUCAUCAGGAGUUCGGGAUAGUCGGAGGUUGUCGUCCGGGACCCUACUAACCCCCAGAGUCGUCGAUCUAUCACGACCCUCGGGUUCCAUGAGUCCGUUCGAUGACUCGCAUUCGACCGACGGCAGCACCGUUGGACGGUAG